CAGGAGGAGGAGGAGGGGACUGAGCUGCCUUCCCAGGACCAGGAGCGAGCUGGACCAGGGCUAAAAGAAAAAUGCCUCCUGGCUCGUGGAAAGCAGGAUCUCGAGGCAGGCAGCAGUGGGAGUGUGAGUGAGGGUUUCACAGUCUGCUCCCCAGCCGGCUGCCGGGGGAGCUGAGCUGGUGCUUCUCAGCAGGGAGAGAGAUAAAUGCUGAAUUUCUCACACCACAACAGAGAAUCCCUCAGGGAGAGGCACCUCCAGCAUGGCCCAGAAAAGCCAAACUGGCGGGACUGGGAAAAAUGGGUCCUCCCUCCUCUACUGUAAGAGUGAUUUAAAGGAAGAAUCCCUGCAGUGGGUGACAGGUGAGUGGUUUGUUGAUAAGGAGAGAGGCAGAUCUGAGCACGAGGUGCCAUUGGAUCAGUGGAAAGACUUGAUCCAGGAUGGUGUCCUGAAGCCUGAAGUGAGGAGGUACAUGUUCUACAACUCGCGGGCAUUCCAGAUUGCCAUCGCCGUGAUUUUCUACAUGUCUCUCUGGACAAACCUUUACUCCACGGUCCAGCUGUGUUCCUUUGGACGCUCCUGGGUGUCCAGUGUGCUGGUGACCCUGGCUGCUGUGGCAGUCACUGUACUGGUCAUACUGGUCAUUGAUCGGCGCCAGAGGAAGAUAAACGUGAACACGGAUGUGAGGCUGGCAGCUGUCAAUGAAAUCUUUAUCAAGCACAGUUUAAUUCUGGGGAUUACAGAUGUCCUGGAGGGGCCACACAACAUCCUACAACUGUGGUUUGUGCACUUCAGCCCCGAGCGCUGCCUGCGGGCCCUGUCCUGCCACCUCACCCACCUGCAGAGCACUGCACAGGCAGGAUUGAGGCACAGGCUGGACAAGCUCUGUGUGGUCCUGGAGGCAGCAGUUCAGCCCGACCUGGGGACAGAGGAUGAGGAGGCUCCACGUGAAGAGUCCCCUCUUUUAUCCACUGGGGAGAACCUGAAUAAAAAGCCUGUGACAUGCAAUGAGCUGCUCUGCCUCGUCCCUGAGGGCCCACCAGAGGCCAUGGCCCAGCAGCUCCUGGUGAUCUUCAGCGGGUUCUACGUCCGGCUCCUGGUCACGGGGCAGCUCCCUGGGGCCGUGGCAGGGGGACACCUGGAGCACAGCACCGUGCCCUGUCUGUGCCAGUUCAUCCAGACCACCAUGCUCGACUCACACCAGAGCUGCUUCAGGGGCAGGUGACCCCCAGAGGGGGCUGGAAAACACCAAAAUAAAAGCUGUCCCUCCACACCAGUGGGGCUGUGAUCCCUCCUCCUGGAUUUACCCAGAUGGACAUGUGGAAGUAGGACUCCAAUAAAACAUGCAAGACACUCACA